AUGCAUCAAACUGAUCAUCAUUCUACUGCUACAUCAUCAUCUGGCAGUUUUAAAGUAUUCUACAGUGAUUUGGACUUGUGGGCUCUCACAGUUGACCAAUUAAAACAACACAUGAAAGAUUUGGGAAUUUAUCAUGGUUGUUCCCAUUUGAGAAAGGAAGAAUUAAUUGAAAAGAUUAAAGAAUUCAAUCAUUUGGUGGAGGAACAUCAUCAUCAUGAUCAUCAUGGAGAGAAGAGAAAACACAAUGAUUCUGAAAUAAAGAAGGAAGAAAGUCCAAAGAAGGAGAAGGUGAGUGAUGAUAUUCUGGAGGAGGAUUUGUUGCAUCCACAUUCAUUCAGUUCCUUGUCCAUUUCAAAAAAGGAAGAACCAGCUGAGGUUGCAGCAACCACUCAUCAUCAUAUUACUAGCUCUCACAAAUCUAAAGAACAUAGAAAGAGAAGAUUUGUUUCCAGUUGUCCAAUUAAAACUCAAGAAAGAAUUGAAAGAGCUCUCACUCAAAAAUUAUUCCUCAUAGAAAGAAAGGUAAAUAGUGCUCAUGAGCAGACAUUUGUCGUGAUGGGAACAACAGGUAAUGUCUAUGAUGUUGUUAUUGGUGAAGAACCUUCGUGUAAUUGUCCUGAUGCAGAGAAUGGUAAUCUGUGUAAACAUGUUUUAUUCGUUCUGUUGAAGGUACUACGUAUAGAAGAGUCUUCCUAUCUCAUCUAUCAACAUGCCUUGCUACCAUCAGAAAUAGAGGAAAUAUUCAAGAAGGCUCCAGCUAAUAAUUCCAUGGCAAAUUCACAAGCCAUAGCCACCUACAAACAUCUAAAAGGAGAAGAGGAGAGAAAUCCCUUCAUCACUUCCAAUUGUCCUAUUUGUUGUGAUGGAUUUUCUCAACUGGAUGAACAGAAGGAGGCAGGAUAUUGUCAUUGUUGUGGAGUAAAUGUUCAUGCGGAUUGUUUAAAGGCAUGGAAAGGAUUUAAUAAGGAGUAUCCGUGUCCCAUCUGUAAAGCUAGCAAGAUGGGAGAAGGAGGAGGUGGUGUUGUUGCUUCUUCUUCUCAUCAUCACUCCAACAACAAUCAAGCCAAGAUGAAUGAAGGCUAUUUAAAUUUAUCUGAAUUUCAGCCUGAAAUUAAAACUACAGAGAGGGAGUAUGUUCAUUCUAGUCGAUGGAAUCAACGGUACGGCUACAAUGAUGAUGAUGAAAGUUCUUCCAAUCAAGAAGAUGAUGAAGAGUAUUAA